AGCUCGGGUACAUAGCGGUCCCGAUGUCACAGCGUCUACUCGGCGGAGUUUUGUGUGAUAUUUACAUUCUCGUCAAUCACUUUCAGGCGACAACGACACAAGCGAGCAUUUAUCACUCCAUUGAAUGAUGAUAUGAAGGCUAGUCGAGUGUAAAUAACGCGGCGCGCGCGUUCUCUGUACCUCUUUAAAACUGUGUGCGAUAAAGAAUUGUGAGUGCCGAACGGCGAGCCGAGGAGCGACGAGUGCUUGGCUGCAUUGCACGUGCUCGUACACAACUAGCUUGUAUUCCUGAUCGCCUGCGCUAUUCCGGCUGCGUCUCACCGCAAUGGCCAGCACAACCAGCCCUAACUCCAUUUGCCUUAGUCUGUUGGCCUGCCUGUUGCUCGGUACCGAGAUUUCAGGUGAUGCGCAAGAUUUAACAGAGCCACCGUUGAAUUAUCAAGGAUCAAAUAGGAAAUUUUGUCCUGCUAAUGAAUUUCCCAAUCAACAACCUCCUGAAAGAGUUAAUACCACAAGUCGAUUACGAGCAAUAAGAAGUGAAAUGAUACGAAUUGCUACAAUUCAAACAGCAUCUCUCGAUGGAUACAUUGUUACUUCAAAUGAUGAACAUCAGAGUGAAUUUGUAGCAGGACAUGAUGAAAGGCGUAGAUAUAUUACAGGAUUCAGUGGAAGUGUUGGAAAUGCUUUGAUCACCACAAACAAAGCCAUAUUAUGGACAGAUGGUCGAUAUUUCAUUCAAGCAGACUCUCAAAUGGAUUGUAAUUGGAUUCUCAUGCGACAGAUGCAGAAAAAUACUCCUACACUGACUCAAUGGUUGAAACAUGAAUACAAAGACAGAAACGUUCGUAUAGGAGUAGAUCCAAAAUUGAUUCCUGCUUCCAUUUGGGACUCAUGGGAAGAUGAUUUAGCGAAUACUAGCAUUAAAUUGAUUCCUGUUGAAAACAACUUGAUAGAUGUAAUUUGGCAGGUAGACCGGCCAGAGUACGAUUCGCGACAAUCGUUUCCGUUAGAAAUUUCAUUUUCUGGAAAACCGUGGCAAGAAAAAGUUAAGCAAAUACGCGACGAAAUGUUAUUUCAAAACGUUAGCGCUUUAGUGGUUACUGCAUUAGAUGAAAUAGCAUGGCUUUUCAAUAUCCGAGGAUAUGAUUUGCCCAAUACAAACGUAUUGAGAGCUUAUGCUGUAAUUGAGUUUGGAAAAAUCAGGCUGUACACUCCAAAAAAUAAGUUAAGUCGUGACACUGAAAUUCAUUUGAAGAUGGAUGGUUGUUUUUAUGCGGAUUGUGUAAGUUGGGCAGAAUAUUCAGAUAUAUUCAAAGACUUGAGAACAUUUAAUCAACUAUGGAAUAAAGUAUGGUUACCAUCUCGCUGCGUUUAUUCUCCAGGCUCAUCAAAAUUAGUUAAUUCUUGCAUUUCAGAGGACAAAAGAUUGAUCCGACCUUCGCCUAUAAUUAAUUUACGAGCUGAAAAGAAUGAAGUUGAAAUGAAAGGUAUGAGAAACGCCCACUUAAAAGAUGCCGUGGCAAUGUGUGACUUUCUGGGUUUCAUGGAACAGCAAAUGGAACUCGGAGGAGAAGGGUGGGAUGAGUUACAAGUAGUCAGAGUUGUGAACUCUUUUCGCUUUCAACAAAAGGACAACGUCGGGACUUCUUUUGAGACUAUAGUAGGAUAUGGUCCUCAUGGAGCUAUGCCUCAUUACGAGCCUUCUAAUUUGACCAAUAUCAAAAUUGGUCUUGAUUCAACUCUCGUUAUCGAUUCAGGCGGUCAGUAUAAAGAUGGAACAACUGAUAUAACUCGAACUUUGCAUUUUGGUGAACCAACACAGGCUCAACGUGAAGCCUACACACGAGUUUUGAUGGGCCAGAUUGAACUCACUACAACAGUAUUUCCAAGCAACUUACGAACUGACCAGCUGGAUGUUCUAACGCGCAAAACACUUUGGUCAACAGGUUAUGAUUAUAUGCAUGGCACUAGUCAUGGUGUAGGACAUUUCUUAUCUGUUCAUGAAUCACCAAUCACCGUAACUUGUAUGGGCAAGAGAGAUCCUCCAGUGCCAGGAUGUAAUAGCGCACUUUUAAAACCAGGAUACUUUUUGUCAAAUGAGCCAGGAUACUACAAAGAAGAUGAUUUUGGCGUUCGACUUGAAAAUGUUAUUGAAGUAGUUCCUGCAAGUGUACCGACAUCUUGGAAUCAACAAUUUUUACAAUUCCGGGACGUUGCUCUUGUUCCUUACGAACCCAAAUUGAUAGAAACAGAAAUGUUAUCUCCGUUACACAGACGUUGGCUUAAUGAAUAUAAUAAACGCAUAAGAGAUGAAGUAGGCGCUGAAUUGAAAAAACAGCUCCGCCCGACAGGAUACAACUGGAUGAUGAAAAAAACUCGCAACAUUCCUGAAUGGGGACUUGUAAAUUUAAAUUACUUCAGAGGAAAGUCUGACUCAAUGUCGAAUUCUUCGACAAUGAAACUCUCUAGCUUCAUAAUUGUUACUAUCAUUGUUAACCUACAUUUGCUAUAAGUUAAUUUUACAAAAAAUUUUGUAACUUAUUAUAAUUGAAUAAGCCAUUUGCAUGGAAAAAAGAUAUAAAUAAUAAGCUUUUUGUAAAAUAUUAUAUACAUUCUAAUAAUGAUGUACAUACACAACGGUAUAUUUUAUAAGUGUAAUGUAUAUGUACUCCGUGGUAUGCGAUAUGAAAUUGAUUAAUAUUAAUUAUAGCGUUUUCAGGUAGUCAAUCUGCAUGUCACUUAAGGGAACUUUUUUAAUCAUAAGAAUCCGCCGGUAUUCUGAUACUCGAGUUUAUUACAGUUUAAUGCUUUUUUACCAAAAUAUUGAAAAUACAUAACUAUGUAACGUCGGUUGACGAAACAAUUCUCAGGCGCACUUUUUGGUCUAUCCUUACGGAAAAUAACCGGGACGUGCGUCACCACUAUCGCGGGAAAUUCUUUUUUCGGCGACGGAGGAUCGAAGCUUUACUAUACCACACGCUUGGCAAUAUAGCAAUGCUUCGCAUUAUUUUACUACACUCUUGGCAAUAAAAUAACGUAAAGCGGGGCCUAUCUAAUAUGCACUCGACCACACGCUUGGCAAUCGAGUGUAACUAUCUAAAAAGACAAACCGUACGCGAAACUAAAAUAGGAAAGAAUAAGGAGAGAAAAGAAUGUAGA